AUGGCUCCUCAAAUUCCUAGACCAGACUUGGUGGUACCUUACAAACACACACCUGCUAAGGCACGUUCCGAAGCUUCGAGUAUAAUCUCCCAGAGUUUACCAAUGGCUGCCAUGUUCAUGAGAAACAAGAUGUUAUCCUGGUCAGCCUUCUUCUUGGCGGUUCAAUCUUAUUUGAAUGAACCUAUCCACAAGCAAGAAGAAGAAGCCAGUCUGGGCCAACAACCUCCUUUGUUGCGUGUGUUAUUCGCCAUUAUUGCCUUGUUCUCUUGUUACGUUGACAUUUUCUUCCCAUCUGCUGGUGCGGCUGGAAAGAAGGCAGUUGUUGAUGCCGCUGCCGCCGCUGCUACUUCUUCUUAA